AUGGUAAAUUUUUAUGGAUUGACAAUUAAGAAUGAUUAUGAUAAAAAAAAUAAAAAAAAAGAUAUAAUCAUUUUUAGUUUAAUUGUUAUUAUUUUUAUUUUGAUAAUAUUAUUUGUACUAUUUUUUGUUAAAUUUUAUAAUAAAAAAUCAGAUGGAUGUAAAGAUGGAUUGGUACCAUUGAUAUAUAAAGAUACUUCUGAAUUUAUUCAAUGUCAUAAGAAUGCGACGUAUGAUUCAUGUUCUUUUAUUAGUCAAAAUGAACUUGUUGAAUGUAGUAAAAAUGGAUAUAAGAAAUUAAAUGUAUGUUGUGGUUCACCAGAAUUAUUAAUACAAAUUCUAACAACAAUUUCAAUAGGACAUUUUAAUUCAUUGGGAAAAAGAAAAAUUGAAGAGGACAAUAAAAUAAUACCUAAUAUUUCUGAAGGAUUGGUAAACAAUAUUAAUGGUAAUACAAAAAAUAAUGAACAUUUAAUACCAUUUAUGGAUGAUUUAAUUAAAGUUAAAUCAAAUUAUCUCAACAAUCCAGAAAGUGUAAUUUCAACAAGUACAGAAAAUUUCUUUGAUUCAAAGAAAUUUGUAAAUAGACUUAAUUACCCAACAAACUACGAUGCAGAAAAUAAUUUAUUUUUGCAAAAAAAGGAAAAUUCUAUAAAAAUAGAUAUAGAUGAUGAAGAUUUAAAUUUAAAAAUUGGUAAAAAUGGGGAGGAAAAAGAAAAUUCUAUGAUAUUUGAAGUAGAAACAGGUCCCGUACUAUCUAUUUUAUCAAAUGGAUUAUAUUAUCCUGGAAAUAUAACAAAUUUAUGGUAUAUUGAAACAUCUGUAGUAUUAUUAAAAGAAGAUACUUGUACUGUAAUAGUUAAUACAGGAAUGCCACACCAAAAAAAUGAUAUAAAAGAUUCUUUAAUUUCAAAGAAUAUUUUUGAAAAUGAAAUUAAUUAUACUAUUAUAACGAAUAGCCUUAUUUUUUUUAUAGGAAAUAUUGAAUUAUUUCCAAGUCAAAAUUUGGUUUUAGAAACAAAUUUAGCUAAUAAAGAUGCUGUUAUGUCAAUUUUAUGGUAUGAAAUGCCUCUUUAUAAAUUAUGUUCACCAAAUCUUUCAAUAAUUAAAACCCCUGGGGUAACUGAUAAUAGUAUUACUGUUGUUGCUAAGAACGUCCCUGGUAUGGGUACAGUUGCUGUAGGAGGAAGUCUUUUUUUUUCUGAUAAAAAUCUAUUUAAAAUUGAGAGAAACUUUAUUCAAAAUGAUACUGCUUUACUUAACUCCCGUAAAAAGAUAGUUUGUCUUUCAGAUUGGAUUGUUCCGGCUUAUGGAAAUCCUGUUAUAGUAACUAAAAAAAUGAAAUAUGAUAUGAGUUGUUAG